AUGGAUGCAUCAGGAAAUUGUGUUGCUCACGCAAAUCCUCCUACACUCGAUAUCUCUUUGGAUGCGCCAUGGUACACUGACACGGGGAAAAAUCGUUCACGCGGCUAUUCGAGACCAGAGGAACAAAAGCAUGCCUUGGUACCAACUUCUGUUUUGGAACAGUCGUUAGAAAAAGUAGACUUUACAGGUGGUGCUUUUUAUCAGUUAUCACCGGAGACAAAUUUACUUUCCGUUCCCACGAGUACUGCUUCAUACAACACAAAAUUCGAGGCGGUAACCCCGACGCUCCAAGUUAAUUACUCUGGUGAGAGGACCCAGGAUAACCAACUGUAUGCUCAUAGUAUAACCGGGGCAGUUCCACCCGGUCGCACCCCGACUGGAACAAGCAACCCCACAAAAUCUGAGGAAUCACCAGUACACUUGAACUCCACCCAAAUUCCAACGUCAUUCCCAUCAAUAUCUCCAACCAUGGAUUUGUCUGCCACACAGCCAAGUUCUUUAGAUUUGUCCUCAAAUGCUCGUCCUCCCACCCCAGGAAUUCUUCAACAUUCUGUGACUGGAAAGAUCUCAGCAGAAAAUGGGAACAUUCAAAGAGGUUCUUAUUCCUUUAACCAGUUGAUUCAUCCCGCAUCACCGUCUGCUUUAUUACGAUCAGAAUACAAAUUGGACCCCGUAAAGUUGAAGGUCAGUGAAUCUAACUUACCAGCUUCCCCCAAAUCAUUCAUCGGUGCCCACGCACCCAAGAAGCCACAGGAUGAUCCAGAAGCCAAAUAUCCAACAAUGGUCCACUCUGCCGAACCCUACCCAGCCCUAAUUAACGUUGGUAUCCAUGAUCCUGUUUUACCUUACCUUACUUCCACAUGCGGCAUUCCGGCCCAUCUAUCAUGCCCUCAAUCGAAUUCACCUCCUCCCGCACAUACAUCGCAAACUACACAUUUAAACGGUCUAUUGAACGAUGCUUCCUCGGGAUGCCCAGGGUUUAUGGGUCUUUCAAGAUACACGACCAGUUCAGUUUAUGCCGAGGGAGAGAAAUCAGACACCAAUCCUUUUCAAUUCAUGUUCAACCAGACCCCUGAAACAAACAGACCAACAUCCGAUCUUGACGGAGAUCCAUUAGCAAUGACUUUGCCCAUGAUAUCACUGAGUCAACAGACACAAUACUCUGGCGGUCCAAACGACUCUCACUUCCCGCUGCGUUUGUCAAACUUCCCGUUGUUCGGGGGUACCAACCCCAGGAAUGCACCACCAUCCAAUCUGGGUCCACAAAUCUUGCAUCCGAAUAAUUUAGUGUAUCCGUUCCCUUCGAGCACAGGUUUGUGCGAUGAGUAUGGGACAGAUGGGGAACAUACUGGAGCCUCUCGUGAUCAGCUUUUGGAUAUCCUAACAGAUCGCCGUUAUCUCACUUCUCUGUGA